AGAAAUGACAUUUUAAUAUUUAUAAGAUAGAUAAUAUAUGCCAAUAUGAAAUAGUAUAUGCAAUUAUUUUCAUAGUAUGUACUAGCACAUUAAAACAAUUAUCUAUAAAAUAUUUUUAUAAUAUUUUUUAAAUCUAAUUAAAGACAUUAAGAGAUGCAUAUUUAUGUAUUCAACCACUUUAAAUAUUUUAAUAUCAGACUCUAGACUCCAGACUUUAAAAUUAGGCUCUAAAAUUAUAAUAAUGAAGAUUGAUAUAAUUUCAUCUUGCAUCAUCUCUUUUACUUGAUAGAUUUCAUAUGGAAAAAAGCAUCAUAAUCAACAUUGUUGGAUUAAUGUAUCAAGACCAAUGGUACUCAAUCAAAUGACACCCAAAGAGUCGGCUCUCACGCCGCAGGAUGUUUUAUCGCGUCUGGAAGCUGCCAUAGUUUUGCGCAACAAUCUGGUAGCGGCCUUAGGUCGCGUGCUUCUGGUCUGUCUCGACGAUAACGCUCGAGUACCAUUCCAGAGCAUCCACGAUGCCGUGCGAUUUCGUCGAGUCGCAGCCUACGAGCUUCUCCGCAUUCUACCGGUACUUAGGAGCAAACCACCGCAGCAACAGCUGUAUAAGCUCCUGCGAAUGGUGGAGAGGAUCGGCAGCCGCUUCAUCUCCGGGUACGCAAUGCUCUGCGUAAACGUCUUCCGCGACUUCGAGGUCGCCUUGAUGGAACGAGCGUCACUCGCCGACAUGUUGCUGAACAUAGACGCGAAAGUGACAGAUUCUGUAUCACGAGACCGGCAUAGAUUCGGCAUGCUGCCUUUAUCCUUGCAGGAGGGCUUCGAUUUCCUGUUGCGAGCGGCUCGAAACGACAGCCGGAUUAUGAAUCUACGGAUAGUAUCAGCUAUAUUGCUGAACUAUCCAACGUUCGACUUGACGGAUCCGGAAAUCCACGGUGCGAUGAGAUUCGUCGCGCAGCGAAUGAGAGAACGCUCACGUCCGGAAGAUCCUUUGUUGCAUGACGCGAGACAGUAUCAGAACGCGGAGGAUCUUCUGAGAACCGUUCUAGAGCGACUAGAAGUGGACGAGCUGUCUUCCGACGCGACGAAAGAAGCGAGCUCGUUGCUGCUCCAGAAUCUCGGCGAGGAGUCCUAUCCGCCCACUCCCAGCUGGAAGCACAAUUUGAAAAAGCUGUUGAUGAUCACAAGUGAUCGUUAUCCCGUCAGCGUCACCGUCGUGGCUAAAUACCUCGUUGAUCAUUUGGACGAUUCGCACCUUCGUGAUCUCGACAUCGGAUUCUACGAGACGGGUGACCACGCUCGCCUACAAGUCCUCUCGCGUCUUCAUAAGAAACCGGAUUUGCAACACUUGAAGAAGCCGUUAUCGCUACUGAUGACCUUUAUCUCUCAGAAAUUGAUGAAUGAUGCCGAUCAUGAGUACACGGUGCCGAUCAGCUUCUACGAGGUGAAUGAUUAUCUGGACUCUUUCGACACGCCGUGUUUACAAGAUAGUAUCCGUGACGCGAUGAAUACAAUGCGUCCGCACUUGUCAAAGAAUUUGCCAUGGAACUAUGCCUUCCAGGACAGACGAAUGAGCGACAAUCCGUGGAAAUUGGCCUUAACUUCACUGGCCCACCUGAGAAGCUUCCCGGUAAACAGGUCGCAGGCGAUUGCGAUCGACAACUUCGUUUACAAGGGUCGCGCCGACGCGUUGACUGGCAAACGAGGACCACUUUACAGUUCCGGCAUCAUUUUCCAGAGAGACGAUACGAUGGACGUGGAGAUUGACUUCUACUCUUUGCUGAUGUGCAUACCAAACGUCUUCAAGAGUGAGAAAUUUGUCCCUUUGAUAAAUUUCCUGUCGAAGCCAAACAUCCUCGAUAUUCUCGGCUACGAGUUCAAUAAAUUCGACUACGAGACUUCGAGAGAUUUGCUGUUAGCCCUGCUGAAGAGAGCGUCGGCACUUCCGCUCGUGAAAUCCGACGAAUCUUUACUUAGGACUCUUCAGAAUGCUCGCAACUAUCUCGAAGAACCGCUACUGAUCAACUUAUACACCACGGAAGACUUGGAAAUGUUACUGAAACAUUUACCAGGCAUCGAGAACGAUCCGCGAUACCUGCCGCUGAAAAUAUUCUUCAAGAAGCAAAAGUUGUUUGAAUACUUGUCGCCAACCUUCAGUUUAGCUGGUUUACACACGCCAAUGGAGAAGCUCUUGCUGAUAUUAAAAACGGUGAGCCUGGAAGUCACCGAACCGAAGGUAUUUGAUGCGCUGAGCUUCGCUCUCGAGAACUUUGAAGGAUCGCCGCUACCAGUCAGAGCUUUCAACUAUCAUGAUUUCGUUUAUUUGACACAGCAAUUGUUGCCUCACAACAAAGAUCUUCAGACAGAGAUUCUGACGUCAUCGGUGUACACGAAUAUCAGCGACUGGAACGUCUCCGUCAGUGGAACGCCAGAGAACGUUCUCGCCAGAGCUCUGAGCUAUCCUGUUGACAGCAUUGCGAACGAUGCGAAGUUGGCCGCUCUCGUGAAGCAUACGGAGGAGAUCCUAGAAGAGAAACGACUUCUCAACAUCAAGAGCCUGAAGAAGCGGACGUUGGAAGCGUUACUGGAACAUUUGCCAAACAGCACGCAUGUAAAACCCGUGAGUUUAUUGCUGAAGACGAACCUGAUGACGUUCCUGCCGAACCUGAAUCUCACGGUAUUGGAGAGCGUUAGCGAACGCGAUCCACGCUACGCGUUGAUCACGCUUCUGAGGAACUUGACCGAGUCCCAGAUAAUACGCGCGGAAAAGUUGCUGCUGGAUCGCAUCGAGACAACAUCGAGUUCCCUAGAGCAUGCGAACCAGAGCAAACGUCAAAUACCGAUUGUUGCUUACCUGAUCCAAACGUUGCGAGAUCCGAGUAAUAUCGUUUACGAGCCGCUCUUGCGAGAAAUGAUGCAGCUGCGGAACGUGACAAUUCCGCCCCAUGAACGGCAGGUUUGGCUGCAAAUUUACCUGCAGCAGAUGAUCGCGCAGAAUAAAACAGAGGAGCUAAAGGAAGCUGCAACGAUGGCUCUCAGAGAGAUUAAUAUGAAUCAUGAAGACUUCAGCGAGAAAUUGCGCGCGAGUAGGGCAAGGUUUAAAGAAGCCGUGUCGCUCUUGCCUAAUGAUCUUUUCGCUGAACCACUCAGACAGCUGUUGACGCCGGACUGGAUAUACAGUAUCCUACCGGAAGAUUUAAGAAACGCCGAUUCGUUUCCGAAUAAGGAACAACUAUUGCUGGCGAUCCUGAAUUACGCUAAACAACGAACUGACGUCGCGAAUAAUCCUGUUUUAAUGAAAGCAAUCAUCAAAACAGUGAUAUAUCUGAAGUGGUGGAGAACAAGCGUCAAGUCGCUGAAGAGUGCUAUUGCCGACGUGAAGGCAGCCGUUUAUGAUCCUGUGAAGAAUCUACUAACAGCUGGAGGAUUAAAUAAACUCAAAGUCACCAUUCCUCCCGGCAGAUCGGCCAUGAAGUCGCUGGUGGAAUUAUUACAACGUUUACUGCUGCAUCCUGAGAUUACAAAGAACAGCAAAGUUACGAAAUUGUUGCGCACCGUCAGACAAGACUUGCUUGCUUUUGGGGAGAAUGUUGACUUACUUGCUGUGCUCGACGACGUAGGAAUUCCUCAUAUCAGUGAACUCGCUCCCAUCAGGCUGUUCUUAUACGGAACAGAUGUGAUCAAACAAUUUGGACAUACCAUCUUUGCGAUCGCGGAACCUAAGGAACGGUAUCGCACUCUGCUGAACAUUCUGCAAAAACGACAUCAGACAGACAAUGACAAAGGAUUUCUCGACGCAUUUUCGUUGCUGAGAAACAUGAAAGCCGACGAAAGAAAACCCGCGAGCACGCUAGUCUCGGACCUCCGCGACGUGGUGAAUGCCAUUCCACGUCAUAUUAAGAAAGAAUUUAAAUACAUGGAGUAUUUGUUCAACAACGACACUCUAUCUCGUCUUACAAGCGACAACGAGAUCGUUGAAUCGAAAACCCCGUUAACUACUUUGUUGCUCAAGAUAGCGAAUUUGCAGGAAGUCAGCAAUAACUACACUGCGGCGAAUGAGCUUAAGAGAAUACACUAUGAAAUCGCACUUUUGGGCAAUUAUUCGAUCGUCACCGGUUUUCAACUCAGACCAUUAUUGCUUGUACAUCAACAAAUCCAACAAGUCAACGUGGAUUUUAUGAACUCGAUCUUAAGUUCCGAAGUGCUGAAUUACCUUGAUAUGGAGAAAUUCUCCAACGUAACGGAUGACAAUAUCGAAAUACUGAAAAGUGUCAUUGAUCAUUUAUUGUAUAAAGGAUCAACGUAUGUCGAUGACAACAUGCAAAAACAUUUGCAGUCUUUUAAGAGAGCUAUGGCGCUAACGUUAGACUUCAAGAUGAUUUCAGAGUUACGAUUGACUAACAUAGACUUGAAAAGAAUGCUGGCAUUGAUACCGCACAGGAAAGACUUCGCACCUAUCAGAAUGCUUUUGCAAUCUGGAAAGAUCUUUGAAUACGUUCCGUAUUAUAAGAGUAUAAAUUUGGAACUGUUUCCCACCUCGACGAAAAAAUUGCUUCAUCUGUUAUUGCUACUGGAGAACGACGAUAUUAGGAACAAGAACGUUUACGAAUCAGCAAGCAAGCUGCGCGUAUAUCUUGAGAAGCGCUUUAACUUUGUCACCGAGCAGGACGUUAUGAACAUGCACAAUAUCUUGGCAAGUUUUGGACCCGAGCAUGAUUUAUCCGCGCUCAAGAUAUUCUUGAAUCACGAUAACAUCAUCAAAUAUUUACCGUCAAGUUUCAGGUACAGUGAGUACGACACGUCGACCGAUGCCUUUGUCGGAGUGCUGUACAAUCUGCUGCAGGUGCCCAGUUUGAAACAAGAGACGUUUCUCUAUGAGGCUAUGAAGAUUGCAAAACGAUUCUUACAAUGCUCUGGAAGGAAGCAAUGGAUUCACAAUGUUUUCGCUUACAAAAAUUUAUCUGCUAAAGAUCUCGAGUUUGUCAACUCAUUUAAUGUGUUCGAGCCAAGAUUACUCAAAUUUUUGAAUCCUGAGAAAUUAGUGAGUGUAUUGCCGAAAUCGUUUACCUUCAAAAAUCGAGUAACUUUUAAGACGAAGGCAUCACAUUUACUACGGCAUCUAUUAGAAUUAAAGACAGACGUUUGUCCGGAAUUAGAGAAACUUCUUCGGCAAGUGAUGGCUUAUGCCGAUGUUCCGGAUAUUACGAGGGAUGACCUCGCGCCACUUCUAAACAUACUUCCCACCAAAGAAAAAAUACCUCAUAUCGAGCUUGUGAAAAAUUACUUAAAACCUUCCAAGUUAAUCAGGUUGUUACCUGGAAAUUUCAAUAUAAAACAAACACGCAAUGCUAAAGUAGCGUUGCACAAUAUUCUUUUGUUACUAAACAACACUCUGGGAUCUGCAAAGAGCAAGAAGCUGGAAACAGCUCUUCAUGCGUUUUUAAGCGAAUUAGAUAAAAUUAAUUUCAAUGUAGUACCGGAAAAACCAAUAAUUGAUAACAAUGACAUAAAGUCUAUCAUAAGCGAGAUUCCUUUCAAACAGUAUAAGCAAAUCCUGCAGCUCGAGGUUGAUAUGACACCUACAAAGCUCAUCUCAUCUUUGCCUUUAAGCUUCCAAUUGACCAAAUAUAAGACGAAAAAGCUGCAAUUGUUGGCAGUUUUGGAAACAUUAUCAAAGAACGACACACAUCGAUCUUCAUUAGACGCGAUUAAUUUUGCCAGAAGAAUCGUCAGCGAAAUGCCAGACGUGCCAAUGGUGAACGACACUGAGAUUAAGAAGUUAUUGAUGUCAUUGCCGUUGGGUAUCAUCCAUGUGACGCAUCUCGUAAAGAAUUGUAAGGUGGCCACGUUAACGCCGUAUUUGCCUAUUCAUUUCAACCUCAGCAGCGUGGAGUCGCGAAAGAUAAAAAUCACGAAGAUCCUGCGGUACUGCGAACUAGCCAAUCCUAAGAACGUCGACAUGAAACAGGCGUUCAGUAGUGUCAAGAUGCUGCUAAAGACGGCGUCCGACUUCGACGUCACCCGGGAUCACUUGGAAGUCUUGAUAGGAACGAUCCCGUGCACCCAUUUCUCUUCGAUAAAACCCCUGUUGCGAUUCCUAUCGAAGACGGACGUCACGUCGCUUCUACCAUGGAGUCUCGACCUGUACGAGACAUCGCGCACCUUCAAACAGCGCAUUCUUGAUCUAUUGGCUGCUUUGCGAGACAUCAAAGAAUUGCGGAACGACAAAAUGCUCUCCGCUUUUGAGUCUCUUGAGAUGAACGCGAAAUCGUUACCUGACGCGGUGCCAGUCACGCCGGAUCAUAUAGCAGUUUUAAAGUCUCCGAAGAGAUUCGAUGUUAAAUCAUGCGCCGACUACGGAGAGUUCGUAACGAAGACUGAAAAUCUGAUCAAGGUAAUGCCGCCGACUUACCGCUUCCAACCGGUGAAUUCGAAUUCUGAUGACAUCGAUGCGGAAUGGUCAUCCAUUAUGUACCUCUCGACGCUGUUUCUGCGUGACGUACGCGUAGACGGUCCUAUGAAGGACGCGUUUGAAGCUUGCAGAGACAACAUCCAUACGAGUGACAAAAAUCGAGUCGUGCAUUACUUGAAGAGCCAGAUUAAUCAGGUGCCGUUCAAGGAGACCAUUGUACCAUUAAGAUUGUACGUGUUGGGUCACACGGACACAUUUACCGCACUCAUCGACAAUGUUCAUCGUAGCUUCGUUCGAGCAACCAUGCCGCAAUAUACGCGGUUAGUAUUGCGGGAAUUUACCCACAGAUCGGAGUUAACCAGAAGCAAAUCGUUGAUCGACAGCCUGGAGGUGUUUUUGCACGACUACGUGAUCACUCAGUUACGCGAUACGCCGUCAUAUUAUGAGGUUGAUCAAGCCAUCAGCGAAAUCCCAAACGAUGAUGAAUAUGAUGACAUUAGGCUUCUUAUGCAAUGCCGGGACAUACAGACACCAAUCAUGGAGAAAAAUCUAUCAGCGGAUGGCACGACGAAGCAGUUGCUUUUGGACAUGCUGAGAUUGGCAGACAAGAGUGAAAGCGAAGAGGAGAUGCGAGAGAACAUCAAGGGUCUUGAGCUUCGUCUGGAACAGGCGAUUCGUGAGGAGGAAGCGGAUCACGUGCUGAAACAGAUGCGCGAUUACAGAUACCACAUUAACAAAAUGAAGCCUAUUAAAGUGUACCUCGUGCGCGAUGGAUUACAAAGAAUCCUGGGUGAUGAUUACCGUACAAAAUACCCUUUGUACAAAGACAGACUGAUUGCCGUUAAUAACACUCUGAUGACUGCUACGAAUCUCACAAGCGACUUGCUCACAGCGUCGAAAUACCUGAACAAAAUUCUGAAGAACGAGGUGAAGAUUAAGUAUAUGAUACCGAGAACGAUAGAUGACAUAAACGUGCAAACGCUUUUCUUUGCAUUGCCAAAGACGAGGGACGAGAGAAUCAUUCAUGGCAUCAUCAAGUUCUUUUCCAAUCCCAAUCUACUGCACGAACUGAACUUGCCCAAGGAUCCGUUCGAGUACGAGACCAAGGGCCGACUUCUGCAGGCUAUCAUAAACUUGGGCAUGGAACUGGAAAGCGUGCAAGAGGACAUGAUACAGCAAGAGGCAUUGGAGUACUUCAGCGACAAAAUACUCAUCACGGGUCAUGGCGCAGAGCCGAUCGAGUUGAAAAAGAACGCGCACGAUUUCAACGUGAAUGUGGAUAUGUAUGGCGUGAUGAGAGCUGUCAAUUACACCAAGGCGAAUGUGACCGACGCAGUGAAGGUGGUGAUGUUCUUUGAGCUCGAUUACAACGCUGUGGGUUUCAGUCACAUGGCCUAUGCAACGAGAGGCACAUAUCUGAAAGCGCUGCUUGAGCAUCUCGUGAAUGUCUCUCAAGUACCCGAUGAUGUAAAACGAUCAAUGACGUUGUUAAUACCAGCAGUGAUGCUGGAUGGUCCGGGAGAUGAAGCCGUUGACUUAAAUGACGAUAUUAUUCAGAACGAAACGGAUACGAGGACGUACAGAAGAAUUCUAAAGUCUUCUCAUGAUACUGAUUCUCCGUCCUCUGGACUAAAUACUAGCAGAGCGGACUUGCUGCAAACUUUUCAGGAGAAUAAAGAGUCACUGAAGUCUGCUGUCAAUAACAUGUUUGAUUCCAUGUCGUUGUCCCAAAAGGAAGUUCUCGGGCACAUCAAUGACCAAUCAUCCAAUACUUCAGCCUUGAACAAUCUGACGAAGACGCUAAUCGUAGAUCACGCUGGAAUGAAAAACAAUGAUCAGAAUAAUAGAUCCAAUGAAGUAUCGGAAACAUCACCCGAUAUCAGUGUUAUUCCCAAAACACUCAGUAUUAAAUACAAAGUAAUGAGGAAAACGAGACGUAUUAAACUGAAAGAUAACUGGAGUUCAAAUGAUCUUGAUAAUCUUAACGGCAAAGUCAGCGAUGUUUCAUUUAAAGCUGAAAAAAGAGUGGUCAAGGUUCAGUCGACGCCAUCAUCGAAAUUAUCAUCUGAGGAACAGUUAGGGAAAUCAAAUUACUUUCAUAAAACACAUCACAAACGUGUGACCCGAAAAUCUCCCCUUCAGUCAAAUUUGAACGACAAUUCAAUGAGUUUCUCUCUAAACAAGGAAUUGAUGGCAGCGCAAAGCAAUGAUGAAAGGAAGACCGUAAAGAAGGACCUUAGUAGAAGUAUGAAGAAAAUAUCGUAAAAGAUGGUUUAAUAUAAAUUAAAUUUUGAUUGUUUAUCAAUUAUCUAUUAGACUAUAGGAAUAUCAGUCAUCGAUAAAAGCACGGUGACGAAAUAUAGAUAGUUGAUCGUUGAGAAUUCUGGUUUUU